CCGCUCCCCCCGCCGCCGCGGGGCGGGCGCUGCGCGGGCUGCGCGCGCGCUUUUUUGAGCGCCAUGAGCCUGUGGGUGGACAAGCACCGGCCCGUGUCUCUCGGCAGGCUCGACUACCACCGCGAGCAGGCGGCGCAGCUCCGCAACCUGGUUCAGUGUGGUGACUUCCCUCAUCUUUUGGUGUAUGGACCAUCAGGAGCUGGAAAAAAGACAAGGAUAAUGUGUUUGUUAAGAGAAUUAUAUGGUGCAGGAGUGGAAAAACUGAGGAUUGAGCAUCAGAGUAUAACGGCACCUUCCAAAAAGAAAAUUGAAAUUAGCACCAUUGCAAGUAAUUAUCACCUUGAAGUUAACCCAAGUGAUGCAGGAAACAAUGACCGUGUAGUAAUUCAGGAACUCUUGAAGACAGUAGCACAAUCCCAACAGCUUGAGACAAGUACUCAACGCGAUUUUAAAGUGGUGGUGUUAACAGAAGUCGACAAACUCACUAAAGAUGCUCAGCAUGCCUUGCGAAGAACAAUGGAGAAGUACAUGGCGACCUGCAGGUUGAUCCUGUGCUGCAACUCCAUGUCAAAAAUUAUAGGACCUAUUCAGAGCAGGUGCCUGGCUGUGCGAGUGCCUGCUCCCAGCACUGAAGAUAUCUGCCAUGUCUUAUCCAGUGUGUGUAAGAAAGAAGGCCUGACUCUUCCUCAGGAACUGGCUCAAAGACUUGCAGAGAAAUCUGGCAGGAAUCUUCGGAAAGCAUUACUUAUGUGCGAGUCCUGCAGAGUACAACAGUAUCCUUUUACUGCUGAUCAAGACAUUCCUGAGAUGGACUGGGAAGUUUAUUUGAGAGAAACUGCAAAUGCUGUUGUUGGUCAACAGACACCACAAAGGCUUCUAGAGGUCCGUGGACGGCUUUAUGAACUCCUGACACACUGCAUUCCUCCUGAGAUUAUAAUGAAGGGCCUCUUGACAGAACUUCUAAAUAACUGUGAUGGACAGCUGAAAGGAGAAGUUGCACAGAUGGCUGCUUUCUAUGAACACCGCCUGCAACUGGGCAGCAAAGCUAUUUAUCAUCUGGAAGCAUUUGUAGCAAAGUUCAUGGCAAUUUACAAGAAGUUUAUGGAGGAUGGACUAGAUGACAUGAUGUUCUAACUCUUAUGUCCAAAAUUGUACACAGAACGUUGUGUUAUGAUGCCAGUAAUGUUGCAAAUGUUGUCUGCUCGUCUGUGCUUGGUUAUAUGUGGGUCUAGUUCAAAGUCAAGUAUUUUACUUUGCUAUUAAUGUAAACUGCAGUGAACUAAAGAACAAUGUUCAGUUAUAGAAACCAUAUGGAUUGUUUGAGAGCUGUAAAUCCAUCUUUACAUACAUACAAAAUAUGUUAGCCUUUCAGGAAAGACAAGUUGCCUUGGAAGAUGUGUAAGAUUAUAGUUGUUUUGCAAUAUUUGUAAGCAGACAUUAAGAAGAGAGAAUAUGGGCGCUGCGUGCUUGCUUUUUUGAUUGUUCAUGGGCAAAGCUGUAAGCAGAGAUGGUUUUCCAUGUUCUUUAAGUCCAGAUUUGAGAAUAUAUUUUUGCCUACUGAUUUCUAUAGCUCACUGUUUGUUUGGCUUUGCUUCUUUUAGCCACCCUGUUUUUUUGUGGCGUGCUGACACAGUGUUUUCUGAUUCUCUUGUCUGUAAGCAGUUGCAUUGAAAUUGUGGGCGAGCAAUACUUUUGUAUUGCUUGUAAAUCGUUUUGACAACACGGAAUACUUUGCUUGGAAGGAAUGGAUGUAUGUAAAGUGAGUCUACUUGCUGUCUGACACUUUUGGGUUCACCUCAACAUACAUAAUAGUGGUCAGGUAAAGAUUAUUCCUUUAACUGUGGCUUAACCAAGGGUAAAUUUUCAACUUUAAACAAGUAUUCUUUCGUCUCUUAAAACAGUUUUUUAACUGUUUUUCUAACCUUUUUUUAAAAAAGCAAAAUAAAUUGUAAAAAAUAUGAACACCUGAAAUGCUGAAUUGGUGUUUUAUACUGUUUGUGACUAUAUUAGUCUGUGCAUUUAUUUGCUUUGAUGUAGACUGUCUUUCAGAAAGGUGGAAUAUAGCACCCCAUGGUAAUACUAAAGGGAACCACUGAAGUUUUUU